AUGCCGGCCCGGCGCGUCAACAGCGGCAGCAGCAGCGUCAGCAGCAGCGGCCGCUCCCUGUCGAGCGUCAUCUUCCGCGCCCUACGGAUCGGCUCGGACGGCCGCAAGUGCUGCGCCGCGCCCGCACCGCCCGGCGCCGGCGCCCCCGCCGCCGCCGCUGCCGCACCCUCGUGCGGCGCGGGUGGCGGCGCCGUGCCGCAGCCUGCCGCUGUGACUGUCGUGUGCGGCGCCAUGGAAGGCGUCCUCUUUGCCUCGUCCCUGCGCGUCGUCAUAUCCAGCGGGCCCCGGGCCGGCCACGACAUUUCUCCAACGGAAUUUGAGCGGCUUGGGGGCAAGGGCUCGGCCAAGAAGUGGCGCCAGAGCAUACGCGUCGCGGGUGCCGCCUGCACUGUCGGCGAGUGGCUCGACACCAACGGCCAGCCGGCCCCCUGCCAGCGCGGCCCCGACGCGGCCGCGACCAGGCUCGUGCGGCCCGCGGGCGCCGCGGCGGCCGCGGCGGGGGCGGCGGCGGCGCCCGCGCAGGACCCGCUGCAAGGGUUGCAGGGCGUGUGUGGCCACCAGGCGGCGCUAGCAGAGGCCGUACGCCUGGCCGGCCCUAUUGUGCCCGCCCCCGCGCUGGGGGCCGGGGCAGCGCCCGUGCCGGCGUCGGUGUCGCGUGAGUUGGCGCAGCAGCAGGUGCUGCUGCUUGAGACAAACGUUGACAACGGAGAGGGGGAGCCCGCGCAGCAGCAGCAGCAGUGGCAGCAGCAGCAGCAGCAGCUGCAGCAGCAGCAGCAGCAGCUGCAGCAGCAGCAGCAGCAGCAGCAGCUGCAGCAGCAGCGGCAGCAGGCGCCACCGGACGCCUCCCCCAGGCCGUCCGCGCGGCGACGCGCCGCCUCGAGCGGCGGCGGGGGCAGGCCCCAACACCACGUGGUGACUGUGACGCGGCUGCAUCGUGGCACGGCGUCUGCAGACGGCGCUGUCACCGGCGCUGCCGCCGUCCGUGGCUCGCCCCGGCCGUCGCACCUGGUGAAUCAUCACAACCAGCAGCAGCAGCAGCAGCAGCAGCAGCAGCAGCAGCAGUCACAGAACGGCGCGGACACGGCCGCCGCGAUGCUCGACUACCUCUCUGGCGUGUCAUCCGCGCCGCCGCCGCACCUGCUGCCCCCGCACGCAGCCCCCACCGCCGCCGGCCGGCCGCUCGACCUGCGGGGCCUCUUUCGUGCCGUGGUGCAGCGCGGCGGGUACGGCGCCGCGACGCGGGAGCGGCGGUGGGGGGAGGUGCUGGCGCUGCUGGGCCUGGAGGGGGGCGGCGGCGGAAGUGGAAGGGGCGGGGGCGAGUUCGUACUCAUGGAGGUGCACGCGGCCUACCUCGAGUUUCUGCUGCAAUUCGAGGCGCUGGUGGAUCCGGUGACGUGGCAGCAGCCCGCGGGGCAGCCGUGCGCCUCGAUGAUGACAGCCCUGGGCUCUGCCUCAGGACCCAGCGGCGGCGGCAGCGAGGCCUUUGGGGGCGGCGCGGGCAGCAGUCAGGGGGCGUGGAGCGCCCCGACUUGGCCGGGCCGCUCUUUCGCGGGUGGCGCGAGCGGCAGCAGCAGCUGCAACCACACAGGGUUCAGUGGCGGCGGCGGCGGGCGCGCGUCCAGGUCAGCGGACGGCUACAACAGCUCUUGGCCGCUGAAGCACAGCGUCUCUGACGCGGGCGCCGGCGGGGGCGGCGCGACGCCACGCGGCGUCGCGGCGGCGGCGCAGCCGCUUGCAGCGCUGGAGCGGCCGCCCAAGCGCCGGAACUUGGACAGCGGCGGUGCCGCGGCUCGCCCCACGCUUUGGAGCCCAUCGGUCGCAGACGUCUUUUUUGGCCUCUCGGCUCCCGCUGCCCCUGCUUCACUGUCAGAGGGGGGCGAGGCCGGCUGCGGCGCGCGCCCCCCGGUUGCGGCGCCGCAGCUGCUGCCACCGCCGCAGCAGGGCGCGUGGCUGCCGCGGCCGCAGGCGCAGCUCUGGCAGGAGCAGGUGUGGCAGGAGCAGCAAUGGUGGGCGCUGCAGCAGCAGCAGCAGCAGCAGCAGCAGUGUUGGCAGCAACAGCAGCAGCAGCAGCAGCACCAGCAGCACCAGCAGCAGGUGCGGCUCCACCAGGAGCUGCAGCUGCCGCAGCACGUGCAGCCGCAGCAGCAACAGCAGCAGCAGCAGCAGCCCCCGCCGGCGUCCCACCAGCACGCUGUGGCCGGUCCGGAGCCGAGCAUGGAGCGCGCCACCUCCCCUCCCAAGGCGGCCCAGCAGACCGCUGACACCAUCGUGCCCCACAGCGAUGAGGGCUGCACUGCUGAGGGCCUGCUACUGAACCUCGACCUGCCGCCUCUGGACGAGAUCGAAAUGUCAGAUCUGGAUCUGACCAUCGAUGCCGUGUUUGACUGA